AUGGAGGCCGUGCUGGGACAGGACAGCGGCGGCAUCCUCCCGGCGCUGAGUCCUUUUCUCUCCGAGUCGGCGCACGUGCUGUCGCUGCAGCAUCCCACGGCGAACGUGCCCGCGAAGGAGGCGUCUUCCGACAGCCCCGCCUUGUCGCCACGCUCCAGGGAGGCUCCGGGAGAGGGCAUUGCCGCUGAUGCCGGCCUUCAGGGUCUGGGUUCCAGGGUCGAUUCCGCUUCCGUGCGUGCGACGUCAACGAGGGUGGCCUCGCCACCCUGCUCAGUCGCCAAAUCAUGGCUGGGCAAGACCAAGGCUUGCCUGGUCUCCAGGUUAAGGAAUAGGCUGCACGUACACGGAGCCGGCUAUAGUGCUGCUGAUACCGAAGCGGGAGGAGCUGACAGGACGGUGCCUUCGACCGCUACGGGGAACCGUCUCUGGCCGCGACACAUUGGCAAGUCGAAGACCUGGUUCAAGGACGAGGGCAGCAUGUCCAGAGCUCCUCGGAAGCUUUUCGGCCGCCCGCCAUGGCGCCAGAAAACCUCUGCCGGUUCGUUGACCACCGUUUCGAGCUCGGUCGGCGACGUGUUGAGGGGCCCCACGCCUCCCGCGACGCCGUUGUCGACUUACACAGCUAAGCGCGGUUCCAGGAUGGUCAACAGCCAGUUUCCAGGCGGCGAAGCUGUUCGCGUCAGCACACCGCCGCUCGACGAGAACACAGCCGACGGCAGACCUCGGGGCUUCUUCACGUGCACGACGCCGCCCGCAGAAUAUUCCAGGAUCCUCACCGCGCGAGUGUUCCCGCCUCCCACAGAGGGGGCCCGCGGCAGGAGGUCCGACCCCUUUCAACGAGGCGAGCGGCGAACCAGCGGCUCCACGCAGCGCUAUCACACCCGCGAAUGGUGGGAGCCAAUUCCCGGGCGCCCGAAUCGCAGGGCCCAGCACUUGCCCGUGCUGCCGACGGCCUUCGAGUUCGACAUUCCCGAGCACCUGCCCAGCAGCCCUAUGUGUCCCGCAAACGAGCGCCACGCCGGAGGCGGCACGGGACUCUGCGUCUACCACGGGCGGAGGAGAAAGAGGACCGGGUCGAUGCUCAGGGAUGGGGCAGCCAGUCACAACAGCAGCCCAUGGCUGGAGGAGUGGACGCUCGGGUACAGCAGCAGUCGGUUCGAAGAGUAA